AUGACCUUUGGUAAGACCGAGAAAAUCAAUGCAAAACUUCAUGAUGGAGUAUGUCAACAUUGCAAAGAAGUUCUUGAAUGGCUUGUAAAAUACAGUAAAUACAAACGACCGUCAAAGCCUAAGAAAUGUGUUAAAUGUUUACAAAAGACAGUAAAAGACUCUUACCACAUAAUGUGUAGACCAUGCGUCUGUGAACUUGAAGUUAGUGCAAAAUGUGGAAAGGAAGAAGAGAUCAUUAUUCUGUUUAAUAAAGAACCAGAAACCUCAGAAAAUACUGAAACUGAAGGUUCCAACCAUAGAAGAAGCUGCAAACAGAAGGAAGACAGUGAUAAGGAUUUAGAUGCUGAGUCUGACUCAGAUGGCAAGGAUUAG